UACUAGCUCGUUUUAAAUAGUAAUGUAAUGUUAAUAACAGUACUUGUAUUGUUUUGCUAAUCAGAUGUUAUAGUGCAACACGAAUUCUCUUUUGUCCGUUUUUACUUUACUCUUGCGAUUUGGAGAGAAAGUUACGUUUUGUUGGAAAAAACUCCGAGGAAAGCUCUGUUUGUGGGAUUUUACUUUAAAUACAUCACAUUAUUACAUUACGUUUUGUUCUCAGUAACACCGCACCGAUUUCUCCGGUGUAAAUGUGCAGACACAUCUAGACGACAAGAUGAGUAAAUAAAAAUGUAAAGCCUCUUAAGGAUCAAGACCUUCAUCCAUGAUGACAGUGAUUAAUAUUGACAGGCGUAAGUGGAUAGAAGAGAUCUGCUGUGGCAGAGAGCCCUAUUACAUAUUUUAAUGGUUUAAGUUAUACUGAAAGGUAUUUUAUUGGUGCAUUGAAACAUAUGCUCUGUUUUCAGUAAGGUGACACGAGUUUGCUCCACAAUCCAAUGUAAAUAUGUCCAAUGUAAAUAUUACUUUUUAAAUAAGGCUGAUAGCGCUUUAUAUCACUUUGCAUACACAACCCCCUGAAAAUUGCUGAACAUGGAGGAUGAAGAGGUCCUGCAUAUUGACCCAGACUUUGAGCCCAAAAGCAGGCCCAGGUCAUGCACGUGGCCGUUACCAAGGCCCGACAUCUCUGCUGUCAAACAGGAGGGCCUUGGCAACAGCGAGAAUCAGCCACUGCAGGCUCCACCCACUCACGAUAACCAGAGGCAGACGCAGCAGGCGGAGGGGCAAGUGGAGAGUGUGCCGCCGCCGGACUUAGGUGCUGUGGUUGGUGUGGGUGGAGCCACGCCGAGGAAGGGAGCCUCACGGCGCAACCCCUGGGGAAACCAGUCCUAUGCGGACCUGAUAAGCCAGGCGAUCGAGAGCUCACCAGAGAAGCGCCUCACCUUGGCGCAGAUAUAUGACUGGAUAGUCAACUCUGUGCCCUAUUUCAAAGACAAGGGGGACAGCAACAGUUCAGCGGGGUGGAAGAAUUCGAUCCGCCACAACCUUUCCUUGCACAGUAAAUUUCUGCGGGUUCACAACGAAUCUACCGGCAAGAGCUCCUGGUGGAUUCUGAACCCAGAGGGAGACAAGAGUGCCAUCAAGAUCGCAAAGGAUCCUCGUCCACGAGCCACCUCGAUGGACAACAACAACAAGCUGCAAAAGAGCCGCAGACUUGCCAGACAGGCAAAGCAGAAAGGAGGAGCAGCUGCUUUCCAACAAAGGGAGGCCAGUGUUGGCUCAGUGGAAGCAGAAAGCCCCAGCUCCUCGCAAUCGACCCUUGGACCCUCGUCUCGUAGUGGCCUUGAGGACCCAGAUGUGUGGACUGGCUUUCGGUCACGUGCGAACUCUAGUGGCAGCACUCUGAGUGGUCGGUUAUCUCCCAUUGCGCCCUUGCAGGAGGAUGAAGAUGAGUCACAACGUGAUGGCCUGUUGGGAGGGUAUACAACUAGUGGCAUGCCCACAUCCCUCACUGAGCCGCUUAUGGAGGAGCUGGACCUGAUUGAUGGGCUCACUCUAAUGAACGGGCAGCUGGGAAAGACCACCUCUGCAACAUCUUCCAGCUUUGCCGCACGGCAGCUGUCGCAAGCUGCAAAGCCUCCAGUGCCUCUAACUCAGAGUGAGCUGCAGUCUCCGGUCUCACAGGGUGGAGGCGCCACCUCAAACUUUGUCACUCCUGCCUUUAACUCUGUGCUUAGCCCUGGUUCUCAGGGUGAGGGCUACAGAGCUCAUUUGCCAUCCAGGCUUGAGGCACUUCUUGUCUCUGAUUCACCCCCACCAAGUGACAUUGUGAUGGCCCAAGUGGAGCCAGAACCACCUAGUCAAGGAAGUACGGGGAUGCUUCACCUUGGGGGUUCUCAUGCAGAUAGACGUGGGCUCCCCAGUAACGCUGUGCUAGGAGAAGACCUUGACAAGAGCUUGUUGUUCCCCACAACCCUACAUCUGCCUCAGCAGCUGCAGUCCCAGUUACGGCUGCUCUUUGAAGGGGGGAUCUCUUCAGCAAGUGGCAGCGGAAGUUUCCCUGCAGCUGGUCCUUUGGGGGAACCAAGUUCCUCAAUAACAGUUGAGGGCCAGAUGCCUACGGACUUGGACGCUGAGAUGUUCACAGAGGAUCUAGACUGUGAUGUAGACUACAUUAUCAAAAGUGACCUCAUGGAUGGGGAAGACAUAGACUUCAACUUUGAUCCGAUGCUGCCAGUGAAUCAAAGCUAUCCUGCCACUGUGAGCACACCGGACCCCUCGGUGAGCUGGGUGCCUAGCCAAGUGACCAGCAUCCCCUACAACUGAAGCCAAGCUCAACACAGUGAAGGCCACACCCUGCCAAAGACUUUGCUGAACUGUUAUAUUAGUACAGAUUGUUAUUUAUGCAUCAGGUAACACUUCAGAAAAAUAGCUAACUAUACCACAGUGCCAUCAUUCAGAUCUUUUAACACUCUUAAAAUUACCUCUUUUUGCCUGUUCCUCUCCCCCAAGCUAGCUAAGGGGAGUAACUUGAACAUUAAAAAAACAAAAUUCUCUUUGCUGAGGAUUUUCAGUGGUAUCAAUAAAUAAUUUUAUCAAUUUCAGCACAGAUUGGAGUGUAAGUAAAAACCAGGGAAAAGGCCUUUGCUCUGCCUGCAUAUGCAGUAUACUGUGUUUCACCCUUUUUCCUUCUCUCAGUACUUGUUUUCACUCCUGUUUUGCUGACUCAUUGCAUUCACUCUACCUACGCAUCUCUACAUCUUUUAUUCCUGCAGAACACAUUCUCAAAUCUCAACAUUUCACUUCUGUUUGUAGCACACAAACAAUGUACUUCUGUCAAAGCUGAGUGCAGAAAACACAAUAUUACAUUUUAUUGUGCUAACAAUAGGGAUGCUAUAGAAAUAGUGUCCCAAUUUCUACAAUUUACAUUUAAUGUUUAGCAUAUUUCAUCUCUAAUCUGUCUCAUAUGCCUGCAAGUUAAUGUUACAAGAGUUCAGCUCAAACCCUGCCACGAACACUAUGCAUUAAACACGAUGAACAUUUUGAUGUGCCUCCCAUUGCAGCAGGCUGUAAAAUUUAAUGAUGGCUUGUUAACGUUGUACAUAAACUGUGGCGGAGCUUGGGUGAGCACUUUCCAUUGUGAAACAGUAUGCAAUUGCAGGCAUUUCAAAUGUCUGGGUAGAGAUGUGUGUGUGUGUGGUGGUGCGGUGGUGCAGUAGGUUUGACCUG